AUGAUGAAUGCAGCGGCGGGACUCUCGUACGUUGACCGUCGCGAACGGGUUCUCAAGUUAGGCAAGAGUUUUGAGAAGCAUCCACGCUGCGCCUUCCACACUGUGCGCUAUGACUUUAAACCUGCUUCUAUUGACACUUCUUGUGAAGGAGAGCUUGAGAUCGGCAAAGGUGAACAGGUGACAAUAACUCUUCCAAAUAUAGAAGGUUCAACGUCACCAGUAACUGUUUUCAAAGGUUCAAAGAAACCUUACUUAAAAGAAUGCAUUUUGAUUAUUAACCAUGAUACUGGCGAAUGUCAACUAGAAAAACUCAGCAGCAACAUCACUGUAAAAAGAACAAGAGUCGAAGGAAGCAGUAAAAUACAGUAUCAUAUAGAGCAACAGCAGCAACAAAUGUGGAAUUCAACUAGGACACCCAAUCUUGUAAAACAUUCUCCAUCCGAAGACAAGAUGUCCCGAGCAUCUCCAAUGGAUGAUAUUGAAAGAGAACUGAAGGCAGAAGCUAGUCUAAUGGACCAGAUGAGUAGUUGUGAUAGUUCUUCAGAUUCCAAAAGUUCAUCAUCUUCAAGUAGUGAGGAUAGUUCUAGUGACUCAGAAGAUGAAGAGUGCAGAUCCUCUCCUUCUGAUCCAGGGAAUUGUGUCUCAGGACAUCCUACCAUGUCCUCCAUGCCACAAUACAGGAUUCCUGAUACAGGGGUUGGUCAUUAUAGAUUUCAGGACAACAGUGGCCUUCUGAUGAAUACUUUAAGAAAUGAUUUGCAGCUGAGUGAAUCAGGAAGUGACAGUGAUGACUGA